GCCGACACGAGCGGAUGGUGCACAUGUUCUUUCUAUUUAAAAAACAUUCCCAGUACGAUUUUCCCAAUACUAUAAAACCUCCUGCUCGUCGUUAUCAUUUAAAUUAUUUACUUUUUAGUACACCGAUAAACUACAGUAGUGUCAGCAAGAACAGUUUUUGAAAAAGGGUGGACAGAAAUUUUUUUUUAGUUCAAUUUAUUUUAAAUCACGCGGUGGCAUUUUGAAUACACAAUAUAAUUUUUUAAAUUUUUAUAUUAUUUGUAUAUUAAAAUUUAAAUAGUAUUUUUAAAAAAUUUUUAGGAUUUGAAUGACGUGAGCCGGCUACUGAGACGCCUGUCUUGGUUGUGAUUGUAAAGAGCGGGAGUGAGAUUUAAAUUUGAACGUCAGUGAGCUUUAAAAAAAAUAUAUAUACACAUAGAUAUAUAAUAAAAGUAAAGAAGUAAUUAGACAUUGUGAUCGUUGUACUGGCAAACUUACGUCAUGGUCCUUUUAACGCGGCACCCUGGAGCGCGAAACGUCCACCGGUUGCCAUAGUACCGCGUGGCUUCGAUCAGCUGAUCGUAACUUUGCCGCAGUUUAUUCUUCUACUGCUCCAAUUUGUCUGAGCACAACAGACAGUCAGUUUAUCACGUGAGGUUAUUUUAACUCAGUGUUUGUGUCUACAGUCAUAGAGCAUUUUUAAAUUCUAUUAAUAGAUAAAUAGACGGAAUAAUUGAUACAGACUAUUAAGAUAAUUGAGAGAAAUAAACUUUAUGGGCAGAUGACAUUGUGAGUGCUUAUGGGGAUUUAAAUAUUUAAAAAUAAACAUUGCCUUGAUUGGUUGUUUUACUUUUAUUAUCAGUGUAGAGUUUAUUGUUUUAUAUUGAUAUUGAUACUGAUACUAAUAUUAAUAUUAAUAUUGUAAUUCCAAUUAUGAAAAUGAUCUGUCGACACAUAUGACAAUUAAGCGUAAUCUAUUCGCGUCGUCUGCGUCGCACGUGAUCGCGAGUGAGUGACCUCUGAAUUUAUCAAGUGGAGAAUUUCAUCGGGCUGUUGAGAGUUCAUCGAUCGCUCUCAACUCACUCAUACAUUUGUCAUAUUAUUAUUUUCUAUCUAUUUAUUAUUAAUUAUUUAAUUCCGCUCUUUUUAUCUUUCGCUAUUUUCCUCCCCCUCUCAGUCACAAUUUGUCGCUUUAUUUUUCGUACCGCGUUAUCGAGCCCGCAGCUUCCAGUUAAUCCCCGGAAAUGUAUUUUACUUUGGUGACAACCGCAGACAAUAAUACUAUUCGCGGAUUAAAUAUUUACUCACCAAACAAAUCGAUUUGAUCGGUUAUGUAUUUAACGAUAAAAUGUUUCAUUAAAUUAUUGAUGAUAAAAUGCAAAAGAACUAUGAUCGAUACUCGGACAAUCGCAAAAGCUCUAUGACAAAGCAUUUUUUUUUCUGUUAUUUUAUAUUUUUUAAUUGCUGUUACUAUUAGUAUUAUUAUUGAUAUAAUAACUCAUUAAAAUAUUUUAUAAUCAAUGACAUUUAUUUAUCCAACAUCGCGAUAAUUAACAACGUGACUAAAAUCGCGGCGAACUAUUUAACAAAACGCGAGUGAGUUAAUAAAUAAAUACUAUUUAAAUUGUGUAAUUAAAUGUUACUUUAGUGUUACUAUUAAUUAUUAAUUUAAAUUAACAGUAAAAUAAUAAUAAAUGAACAUGUUGAUAUUAGUAGUGGAGGCUUACCGAAUUAGUGGUUUUAAAAUUUUCUUGGUAAUAUAAAGUGCCGCGUGGUUUUAUUACUUUGUGCAGAAUAAACCCGGGGUUUAUUUACCGUACGUACUCAUCCGCGAAAUAAUACUGUGAUAGGAGUUUUAUUGUACGUCAAUGAGGAUCUGAGUUGUCAAGCUGAUGGAUUAGUUUGACAGAUCACGGAGCUUUUUAUUUCAAGUCUACUUUGAAUAUCAUAAGCCAAACGGGCCAGUAUUUAUGCCAGUAUGCCAAUAUAUCCAAGUUGCCAGUAGCCAGCAGCCCAGUAAUAAACUUAUCAGAUUUAAGUUCCUGUAAUAAACUUAAAUCUAAAUAAUUAAUCUCUAAGCAAUGCAUUUACAUAAAAUAUCACUAUAAUAACGUUCAUUAAACAUAUCUUAGUUAUUUCAACUAUUAGUACUCUAUAAAUAAAUAUAAUUAUUUAUAAAACCGCUAUUACAGUGAACUAACAUCGGUUUUCUCUGCAAUAAUUUAUUUGCUACACUACUUUUAUUCUCAAUCGCGAGGGUUAAUAUCUAAGUAGUGGACAUCUAGCCUUCGUGAGUGUAACGAACCCGACGAAUCCAAGUUUACUUACUUCAGUAUAUAUGUAUAUAUAUAUACAAGGAAAAAGCUAUAGCUAAAUAAUAGAAACUCGGUUUACGAACAGUCGUAUUAAAGGAUUAUAAAUAAAUAAAGAGUGAUAUAUAUAAAACGAAAAAAAAGUUGUGAAGGAAAAGGGUGAAAAAGUACUCAAGACACGCAAGCCGGUGGCUGGAAACGCUGACUUACAUCGGGAACGCCAACCUGCAAUCAAGGUUCAUGGUUUUCAUGGAGGAGAACGAGCUCUCGAGCAAGCGGUGGGCCAGUGCGCCCCGCCGCCCAGACAGCCCCUGCAUUCUGGGGGCUCCAACGUCUAGGGAGGCGGCGGGACCGCCAGUGCAGCUUGAACCCGUGGACCUGUCGGUGAAGACUCCGGUGGUUUUGCAGGUGCCUCGUUACAGUCCAGCGGCAGCAUUAAUUACUGUUUCAGCCAGAAGGAUUCCAUCGCCGUCGACAACACCCACACCGCUGCCGAUCUGCCCGUCUACUGUGUCGCCGGCAUUACCACUAGUGGACAUAGUGAGAGAACGCGAACAGGAACGAGACCGGAAGAGGGAACCGAGAGACGCGAGCAGAAAUAAAGAACGUGAGCGAGAACACCGGGAACGAGAUCGAGAGCACCGUGAGAGGCAACGGGACCGCGUCAGGGAGAGAGAAGUAUCAGUCUGUGGUAUCGAACCACCUGAUCCUGUUUUCGUAUCCUCCUCAGCGGCCCUCCUUGCUCUACAAAGGAUAAAAGAGGCCUCACUUGUAUUCCACAAGCGACCAGCGCUCACGCCUGGGAUCGGCCUCAGCGGCCGAGGAAACAGCGGACACGGAGUCGGUGGACACGGCGGUAGUCUCAAUAACGUCGACAGUGAUUGCGGGGAUGCCCUCAAGCGACGUAAAGUCCAUCGAUGCGACGUCGCGGGAUGCGACAAAGUCUACACCAAGAGUUCCCACCUCAAGGCACACAAGCGAACGCACACCGGAGAAAAACCAUAUCAAUGUACGUGGGAAGGAUGUACGUGGAAAUUUGCCCGCUCGGACGAGCUGACGCGGCACUAUCGCAAGCACACGGGACAAAAACCAUUCAAGUGCCAUCUUUGUCAGCGGUCGUUUUCACGGAGCGAUCACCUGUCACUGCACAUGAAGAGGCACUGACAAAUAUAAGAGCCUAAAUAUAUGAAAUCUUGAAUAAUAAAUAAAUAAAAUCCUAGACCAAGUUGACGAUUUAACUACACAUACAUUCGGGACCUGAGACAACCCUUUCCCUCGAGGUGCGCGCUAUUUCGCGCGGGACUGCGGGCCAAUAACGUAACACGUUUGUUUUUUCAUUAGUUAUUAUUAUAAUUAUUAUUACAAUUAAUAAAUAAAAAACAAAUUAUUAAAUCAAGGAAAAACGUAUUUGCUAAAUAAAUAGCAAAAAUAUAUAAUCAACGCGUAGACUCGAAUGUUUUAAAUUCGGGCGCGAAUUAGUUUGAAUUUAAAAAAAUUUUUGUUAAUUUUUUUUAUUAUCAAUUCGGUUAUUUUAUUACAAAUGAACGUUUUUUUUAUUAAGGCCAGCUCAACUAGUCUAGAGCAAUGUUGAUUUACUAUCAUAAUAAUAAAUGGAGCCAGUAAAAGUAUAAUAAUAAGUUUAUAUAGUUAAUUAUAAAUUUAAUUAAAUAAAUAAAAUAAAAAUGUUAUUAAAGAGAAAAUGACAACUCCUUUAAUGGAGCUUGGGACUUAGCAUGCUCAGUUAAAUAAAUACAAUCGUGAUUGUGAAUAAUUAUUAAAAUAAAAAAAAAAAUUAUUUAACUAUCGGUAGUAAUUAAUAAAAAUUUUUAAAAAAAAUUAUAAAAGAAGAAUUCCGCGUUUAUAUAAAACGGACAAUCAUAAAUAAUUUUUUUUUCUUUUAUAUUUAAAUAGUCAAGUAUUAAUUCCGGUCUAUUUAAUAAUAUAAUUAUAUAAUCUAAAAAAAAUAGAUAAAUGAAAUAAAAAAAAAACUAGUAAUAAUUCUAAUAGAUAAAUUGAAGCAAUAAUAUUUAAUUGAAUAUAUAAAUAUAUAUAAAGUAUAAUAUAUAAAUAAAUAUAAAUAAAUUAAACUUGUACCUAUUUGUCGUGAAUUUAUGUUGUGUGAAAGGUGCCAAAGUGCAGGCUGGCAGUUAAGGCUGUACAAAAAUAUUUUUUAAAAAAUUUAAUUUAUAGAAAUGCUUUAUAGUGUCACCCCGGAUCGAAAACAUAUUUGGUUUUGGCUUGUUUUUGACUAAGUUGUCUUACUUAGUACCAAUUUAGGCCAACUAAGUCAAAUUACAGUCACGUUGUCCUGGAUUUAACUUAGCUGAUUUAAAUUUAAAUCAUUUGAGUCAAAUCCAAAUCAACGUGACUUUAAUUUGCAUUAGUUGAUUGAAUUUCCAAAUUAACCUUUAAACGGAAGCCUAAAAAUUUGCACAUUACGAGUAAUGCCGGUCUGACAGGCCGCUAUUAGAAGUAUACUCGGUUUUUUUACUUUUGAGAAGGGGACUAUCUAUUACCCGAAUAAAACUAUAUCUUCAUGAAAAAGACAUGAUUUAAUGAUAUUAUAAAUUUUAUAUAUUUUGAAACUUCACAUUAAUUAAUAUUUUAACAUAAACAUAUUCAAAGAGGUUUUUUUGGUUUUAAAUUUGAUUAGCGGUCUGUCAAACUGGAGUUACUGUUUAAAGGUAAAAGAAUUCAUAGUGAAAUAAAAAAAAGUAGGUGUAGCCAAAAUGAAGUUAAUUAAGUUAAAAAAGUCAGAAUCAAGUUAUUUUUUUUACCAGGGACUAUUUAAUAAUUACCGUCCUACUAGAAAUCGCUUAAAAAAAAAGAAAAGUAAUUUAAAAAAAUUAAAUCACUGCCGUAGAUUAUGAUUAUUAUUUAUGAAGCACUUUUAACACGAGCGGAUUUUAUUAAAAUAAAUUUCAAUAGCAAUAAUAAAUAAAAAUUAAAAAUUAAUUGGAGGUAAUUAGUAAUUGAAGUAACCAGACUUGGUAUUGUUGUUAAAUAAUUGUUUAGCACAAUGGUUUCGGGAAAUAGUUAAAUAUUUUAUUUAAUAAAAAGUGAAGAACCGAAAACUUUCGCCAUCAUAAUGACAAUGCACAGAGUAAUUAUGAAACAAAUAUGUAGAGAGAGAGUAAUUUUAAUGGUUUUAUAAAUAAUUUAAUAUUAACAUUGAGAUGCACAACGAGAUGCCAGUAUAUGCUAGAGCCAGUUUAAUAAAAUAUUUAACAAAUAUUAUUAUUUAUAAAUAAAUAAAUUCAUUAAUUAAUUAUUACGCUGUUACACUUGAUUAGAUAAUAGUGCCUUUAAUCGUUACGACGUAUGUAUAACGUCUGUGCGUUAUUAUCAUUAUUAUUAUUAUUUUUAUUAUUAUCAUUAUUAAUAAUUAUAAUCAUCUUGGUAUACUAAUUAUAUAAGUCGCCUAUAGUGCCUUGAAUAAUUAUCGUGGUUAAUUUAUUUAAUGCUUGUUUACUUACUUCCGUUUCAUUACUUGUACCAGAUACUAUCACAUUAUUGUGAAAUUAUAUUUUGGAUUAUUAAUAUAAGGAUUUAAAAUUUUAGAAUUUGAAUCUGCUCAAUUUUUUUCGGAUUUUAAUUGCUGGUUUUUUUGCGGCACUUUUUAAUUUAAUUGGCAGUUAAAUUUAAUUGACUUGAAAAAAUCGGUUGCGUUAAAAAAUCUGUUUUUUAAAUUUUUCUGAUUAUGCGAGACUGCUAAUUUUUUUAAGUUUUUAUUUAAUGGUAGCUUUUGAAGUAUAGUAAAAUAUAUAUUUUAUUGUUUAAGUUAACUGUCAAAAAAGCGAGAAAAAAUUGGAAUUUUUGAAACUGGAAAAAAUUAUUUCAUCAUAAGUCGAGUCACUGCAUAAUUUUAAAAAUUUUGAACAAAUUUUCUAGUUUUAUGUAUCUAGAGGUUAUUCACUGAAAAAAUGCUACAGAAUUUCAAUAUGCUAGUAUAUUAUUUUAAAUGUAUGAGAUUAGAGACUUCGCAAUGAUAUGGAAAUUUUUUUUUCUUCUUCAAGUGAAACAAAAUUCGAAUCAAUUAUAGGAAUAAAAUUUAAAAAACCCUCGAUUCCGUCCAUUAGCAUUCCAUUUUAACUGAGGGAAUUUUUUUAAAAAAAUAUUUCUUAUUUAUUUAUUUUUUUUUUUUUUUUUUUGAAUAUGUUGUCAUGUAAAUGCUUGGAUGCUAUUAUACAUUUGUAUAGAGCAUUACAAAUAAAAAAACGAUUAAGAAUCGUAUAACAUCGGAGACAAAAUAAAUUAAGACUAAUUUCUCAUGCAGUCCCAUUGAAUAUUCCUUAGAAGGUGAUUCAUGAAUGGAUAUAGGAAGCAGUUUAAGAAAUAACUUUCAGACGGUUUUCUUUGCAACCUCACCCUCCUAGAUUUUCGCAUUUCAAGUGCCUUGAUAAUAAAAUUGUCUUUUAAUCCAAAUUUCACGGUCAUUCCAAUUGUAAUUUUGAAUAAUUAAUUCUUAAAAUUUUUUAAAUUCAAGACUUUCGUUCCUUUAACGCUUCCUAUUUGUUAUCAGUCACCGUUUUGCAAGUAGCAAAGAUAAUUAUUAGUAAAAAUUAAUUUUCAAUAGCUAACAAUUUAAUAUUUUUAAAUUUGUAUCUGUAGUCCAAGAAAAAUAGCCAGUGAACAGUGCACUUUUUUUAUAAUUAAAUAUAAAAAAAAAACUAAAUGAAUAAUAAUUAUUAUUAUAAUAAUAGUAAAGUUAUCAGUGGGCAUGGUUAGAAGAAUUACUGUUAGUUACAGGUAAAAUUUCGAUAAAAAAUAAUAAAAAAAUAAAUAUAGAUCUUAAGCAUUUAAAUAAAAAUACUAUCACUGUACAUAGUUUGUAAAUUUAUAAGAUUUAUAUCAAGAACAAAAAAGUUAUAAAAUGUAUCCUUACAAGUUUAAAUGAGAAUAUUCUUAGUCGCAACUAUCACGUAAUGCGUAAGAAAUUUCUCUUUGAUAACCAAUGGGGGCCAGUAAUUAUCUCUCGGAUCUCGCACGGAUUUAUAUAUAUAUAAUUUAUAUAUAUAUGUUUGCUGUGCGGCGCGCGAUUUUAAUUUUAAAAACGAGAGGAAAAUUUAUGCUCAUUAAAAGUUUUUCAUAUUUAUUCGACUUAUUAUUAAGUAUUUAUGACACAUUUGUGUCUACGGAAUUGUGAUAAAAAAUUUUAUAUAUAUUUUCUUUGUCACAUUGACAAUUAUUCGCUUUGUAAAUUAAUUAGACCUCUCAAUUGAUUUGUUUGUUGUUAAAUAUUGAUUUAAAUAUUGUUAAACUGUUGUUUUUUAUCAUCGGCGCGCUGCAAUUUUUAUUAUAAGAUUUAAUUAAUACGCAAUAAUAUAUUAGCUGUAGUCUUUAUUUAUAAGAAAUUAGUAAAAUAUAAUUAAAAAAAAAAAAAAAUAAUAA